CUAGUUAGCCAAAGUGUGUCUCUAUAAAAGCACACAAGACUCAAGCAAGUUGAAAGACAGUUGGAAGAUUAAAUAAUCUAUUUAGUGUAGGAUGGUCAAGUAGCUAUAAGUGAAAGGAAAUAUUGCUGAAGAAAGUGAGAAAUAGAUAGCGGAAUGGCUAUCAAGAUGACCUCAAACUAUUUUUAGAUAUUUUAGCUUGCAUGAAAAAUCUUGAUUUUUUUUAUAUCUAUUGUAUAAAGUUCAUUUACUGCCACAGAUUUUUAAAUAGGAUUGUUGUAAAGAGUAAUUGAGAUGUAUUAACACAGUGCCUGGUCCAUGAUAAGUAUUACAUUUUUGAAUUAUACUCAGUAACUGAUAUAAUGUAGCAGAAAAGGCUCUAGAGUCAGACAGACCUGAAUUUGAAUCUUGGAUCUGUAUGUAACUUAUAUGCUAUGACUUUGGGCAAUUUAGGGAAAGAGCCUAGCACAGUACCUGAGACCUAAGUAGGCUUUCUGUAAAUGUUUGGGACCUUUGUCCCCAUUGUUCCCCAUUGUAAGGAGAGAUUGGGCAUAGAUUACUCCACACUAGAAAUAACAGUCCAUUUGAUUUGGCCUUCAACGUGGAGUACUGAGUCUUUUUCUAAAAGUGCUAAUAAAGCCGGUCUUCAUUAGAAUUGUAGUCAGAUAAAUCAGCAGAACAACUUAUUUCAAAAUUUGAAGAAACAAGACAAAAGAGAACUUUUUGAAUAAUAUAACUGAUGAAGAUUUAGCAAUUAGCAGUUGAAAAUCUUUUACUUUAUCAUUUAUCCCUUAACUAUAGUCUAUCUUUGAGGAGAAAGGAUUAGAGAAUUUGACAUAGGUAAAAGCAAAGAGGUUCUGAAGAAUUAAAUUAUUAUUGUUUUCUUUUCAAUAAAUCACACUGUUGUAUUCAUUUGUUUGGCAUGUGUUUGCACACAUGUGUUUCCUAGGUUAGGCAUUUAGGAAAAACAUAUGUUAUGAAAGAUGGCAUAAACACAAAAAUAGUUUAUUAAAAUGUAUUUGUUGAAUUGGUAUUUCACUUUUCAUUAAAACCUACUCUUUCCUAUGUAGGUUUUCCUAAGCCCCACUUGUCAGUCAGAAUCAUCAUAGCAUUUAUUAAUAGAUAGAUGCACAGGCAUUCCUCCUUUCGUCUCAGAAGUUUAAUUGAUAAACUGCCAUCACAUGCUUCCUUUCUGCCCAGAACCUUUCAAUCCAUCCUAUUUUUGAAUCUAAAUGACUCAUAUGUAUCCUGUCAAAAACGUUUAUUGCCACUUAGAACACGUCAUCCAUUGAUCAAUUUCACAACCACUCUCAAAAACUUGGUAAAGAAUUUAUGUAUUAGAUGUCCUUACUAUCAUGUGUAAUAGAUACUGAACUUCAUAAAAAUACCUUCUACAAUGGUACAAAUCACUUGAUUGCUAUAGUUGAGUUGAAUUCCACAUCACAAUUUUCUAAUAGGUCCUUACUGAUGGCCUCCUUAGGUAAGUUUUCUCAGUGCCAGGUCUGGAAAGCCUGGGUUUCAAUUCAACUCUGCCACAUAUUAACUAUGAGACCUUGGUAACCUCUGUCGCUGAGCUUUAGUAUUUUCAAGAGUAAAACGAUAAUAAUAGUACUUCACAGGGUUGUAGUAAAGAUUGAAAUAAUGUUUUAAUACAGUGCCUGGUCCAUGAUGAGUGUUAAAUGUAGAAAGGUUAGAAAAUGGUAAGCUCAUUAAUUGAAGUUGAUCCAGAAAAUACUUUCUUAGGCUAAGGAAGUUUUAAUCUUGCUGCAAAAAGUAUAUGCUGUGUUAACCUAUUUACACACCUUCUGAACUAAUUACUAAAACUCCUAAGACUUUCAUAAUUUACAGCAAAAAAAUAAGCUGCUUGGGGUAGGGAGUGGGAGGCAAUGUGGAGAAUGCUGAAUAAGAGAUAAAUUCUUUAAUCUCUUUUCUGGUUUGGCAUUCAUUUCAAGGAAACAUUGAUCCAAGAUACCUCAAUGUAGCUGCUUCUCCAUGGUAAACAGAUUUUCUUUCAGUUGUUAAAAUGAUAGCAAAGGUUGAAUGUUAACAAGGAUUGACUUUAAAGCCCAGGUUGCUCUGUAUAAAGCAAAAGUAUCUAUUGGAACUUAUUUAUAUAAUGAAACAAAGUGCUGGCAUUUAUUAAGACUGGCUCUGUCCCUAUAGGUGUUUAAUUAUAUGAGGUAUGAUUCUAAUAAUAAGACUGAUUUCCACAACUCACUAUUAAAGUCACUCAACAAACAUAAUUUAAAUGAACCUCUUUUUUUCCUCAAGACAACUGUUUUACAACAUUUUGAAGCACAUAGUAAAUUUAACUAUCAGGCAAAGCUUUGAGAACAUUUGCUUGUUUUUUAAUUAGAUUUUUUUAAUUCGAAUUUUAAAUAUGUGCCCCUAAAUGUUCGUUGCGGUUGUGAUAUAUAUAAGAUCACCUAGAAAACGUGAUUUAAGCUGUUAGAAAAUAUUCCACCCUCUUAAAACACAUUUUCCCAGUUUAUCACAUUUGAUGAAGAAAACUCAAAUCUAGUGCCAUGUUGGAUUUCAGGUUUUCUAUGGGAUAAAUUUGGCCAGAAGUAUGCACUUGACUAGUUAGAAAAGAUAGGUAUGUAAUUCUUCAAACAAAAAUUUACCUCACAAAAAUCUCUGAAGAUGAGUACUGAAUUCAUUAUAACUGGUAAAUGUCAUAGUCCUGGUACAAACUGUAAUCAUUAUUGACUAAAGUUAGGUGUUUGCUUACUCUGGAGACAGUUCUAUGAUAACUAAUCACCUGCCAACUAUUGUCUAAUUUCAAACACCCUCCACGUGGUCAAGGAAAGAAUUGUGUAAGCUACUUUGGAGGUCAUAUAUCCCUGACCCUUGCCCCACAUGUCAGGACAAGAGAACUGGAAACUGAGCUUGUCCUUUAAUGAGCAGGAGGCCACUGAGAUUGGUGGGGGAGGGGAGGGCAGUGCCAACCAAUCAGAAGCAAAGUCAGUGCCCGUGAAACAAUGAGCUUCUGCUGAGGGUGUGGCCUGGAAAACGGCUUUUAGCCAAAACUGUCAUUUUAUGGAUCAGUUAUAGACAGACAUGGCAGUUCUGCCGUCUGCAGAAUAAUGACACCCAGGCCCCUUUCUGGUUUUCUGCACUCCUAAAAAAUCCAGACUCUGACUUUUCUUCAGUCUUGAAGGAAGAGGAGAAGAUCUAUUUGGGGACUGCUUCCUGCCACCAUAAAAUACUGAACACUAGCCUUGAACAUGAGCGAACUGAAAGAAGAAUUACGGGACCGGGCCAUCAUCAAAAUAGCAGCGCAUUUACCGGACCUCAUUGUCUAUGGAAAUAUCUCCCCAACGCGGCCCUCUAUGGAUUAUUUUGAUGGAGUCCUGAUGUUUGUUGAUAUUUCAGGUUUUACCGCGAUGACUGAGAAGUUCAGCACAGCCAUGUACAUGGACCGAGGGGCUGAGCAGUUGGUGGAGAUCCUCAACUACUACCUAAGUGCAAUUGUGGAGAAAGUGUUGAUUUAUGGAGGAGACAUCCUAAAAUUUGCAGGUGACGCACUGCUAGCCCUGUGGAAGGUGGAGCGAAAGCAGCUGAAAAACAUUAUCACGGUGGUAAUUAAAUGUAGCCAGGAGAUCCAUGGAUUAUUUGAGACGCAGGAAUCUGAAGAAGGCCUAGAUGUCCAAGUUAAGAUAGGACUGGCUGCCGGCCACAUCAGCAUGUUGGUCUUUGGAGAUGAAACACGCAGCUACUUUCUGGUGGCUGGUCAGACGGUGGAUGAUGUGCGCCGUGCACAGAACAUGGCACAGAUGAACGAUGUCAUCUUGUCACCAAACUGCUGGCAGCUCUGUGACCGGAGCAUGGUUGAAAUUGAGAGGAUUCCAGAUCAGAGAGCAGUUAAGGUUAACUUCUUAAAACCACCUCCUACUUUUAACUUCGAAGAAUUUUUCGCCAAGUGUAUGACUUUCAUGAAUUAUUAUCCUUCUGGUGACAACAAAAACCUCCUGAGGCUUGCGUGCAUGCUGAAGUCUGACCCCGAAAUGGAAUUGUCCCUACAAAAGUAUGUGAUGGAAAGCAUUUGGAAGCAGAUUGAUGACAAACAGCUUCUGGGCUACUUGUCUGAACUUCGCCCAGUAACGAUCAUGUUUGUGAACCUGGUGUUUAAAGACCAAAACAAAGCAGAAGUCAUAGCUUCGGCCAUCCAGGAUGCCUGCUUGCAUGUCACUUCCGUCCUGAAGGCCUUCCGAGGCCAAAUCAACAAAGUCUUCAUGUUUGACAAGGGCUGCUCCUUCCUCUGUGUCUUUGGUUUCCCGGGCGAGAAGGCGCCGGAUGAGGUCACUCAUGCUCUGGAAAGCGCCGUGGAUAUAUUUGACUUCUGCUCUCAGGUCCAGAAAAUCCACACCGUGUCCAUCGGCGUCGCCAGCGGCAUUGUCUUCUGUGGGAUCGUGGGACACACCGUGAGACACGAGUACACAGUCAUUGGUCAAAAAGUCAACAUAGCUGCCAGGAUGAUGAUGUCCUACCCAGGAAUUGUGACCUGUGACUCUGUCACCUACAAUGGCAGCAACCUACCAGCCUACUUUUUUAAAGAGCUUCCAAAGAAAGUUAUGAAAGGUGUUGGAGAUUCUGGACCAUUCUAUCAGUGUUUGGGCCUUAAAGAGAAAGUCGUGUUUGGUAUGGCAUACCUCAUCUUCAAGAGAAAUGAGGGUUACCCCUUGCUGGGACGUGAAAAGGAAAUCCAAUACUUCAAGUGUACUAUGGAGGAAUUUUUGAUGUGUAACUGCAGCAGAGUCCUAAUGUACGAAGGAUUAUCAGGAUAUGGAAAAAGCCAGAUACUUAUGGAAAUUAAGUACCUGGCCCAAGGUGAGAACCACAGGACUAUUGCCAUUGCACUGACUAAGAUCAGCUUCUAUGAAACUUUUUAUACCAUCCAGUCCCUCAUGGCCAAUGUACUAGAUCUGGAUACUUGUAAACAUUAUAAAGAACGGCAGGCCAACCUCCAAAAUAAAGUCAAGACACUGUUGGAUGAAAAGUUUUACUGUCUUCUUAAUGACAUCUUUCAUGUCCAGUUCCCUAUUUCACGAGAGGUUUCCAGAAUGAACAACUCGAGAAAGCAAAAGCAAUUGGAAGCAUUGUUUAUGAAGAUCUUGGAGCAAACAGUGAAAGAGGAAAGGAUUAUUUUCAUCAUUGACGAGGCCCAGUUUGUGGAUUUGACCUCCUGGGCCUUUAUGGAGAAGCUGAUUCGGCAAGUCCCUAUCUUCAUCAUUAUGUCUCUGGCUCCCUUCCUCAGCAUCCCCUGUGCAGCAGCCCAUGCCAUACUGAAGAACAGGAAUACAACCUAUGUCACCCUCGGUGCCAUACAGCCGAAGGACAUCCACAACAAGGUCUGUCUAGACCUCAACGUGAGCAGCAUCCCCAAAGAACUGGACUUGUACCUGGUGGAGGGAAGCUGUGGGAUUCCAUAUUACUGUGAAGAAUUGCUAAAAAACCUCGACCACCACAAUGUUUUCAUUUUCCAACAAAUGGAGUCUGAGGAGAAGACGAAGGUGACCUGGAAUAACCUGUUCAAUUAUUUCACUAAGCCAACAGAGGAAUUGAAAACAUUUAGUUUCCCUGAUGAGGAGGGAAUGAAAGCAGUCUGUAACCUUGUAAGUGGUGUCAGACUGAAAAACCUGUCACCCCCAGCAUCAUUAAAAGAAAUCUCUCUGGUCCAGCUGGAUAGCAUGAGCCUUUCCUACCAAAUGUUGGUGAGAUGUGCAGCCAUCGUUGGCCUGACCUUCACUACAGAGCUGUUGUUUGAGAUUCUCCCUUGUUGGAACAUGAAGAUGAUGAUCAAGGCCCUGGCAAGCCUAGUGGAAUCUAACAUUUUUGAUUGUUUCCGGAGUGGCAAGGAUCUUCGAAUGGCCCUGAAACAAAACGUGGCCUCAUUUAAGGUGCAUUAUCGCUCCUUGUCUCUGAAGCCCAGUGAAGGGAUGGUUCAUGGUGAAGAUGACGAGCUUCAUGAACUGGAAAGUGAGGUGAUCGAGUGCCACAUCAUUCGGUUCUGUAGGCCUAUGAUGCAGAAGACAGCCUCUGAGCUGUGGCUCAAAGACCAAAAGAAAGCCAUGCACUUGAAAUGUGCCCGCUUCUUAGAAGACAAUGCCCACAAAUGUGACUACUGCGGAAACGGGGACUUCAUUCCCUAUCACCACUUCAUCGUGGACAUUCGGCUCAACACACUGGACAUGGAUACCAUUAAGAAGAUGGCCAGGUCCUGCGGCUUUGAAACUGAAGAAGACAUUACCUUUUCCAAAACAGAGUUUUAUAAGAGAUCUGAGUUGUUUCCGGAAAAUGCCAGUCCGGGACAAAUAAGAGAAAAGAUCUUGAAUUUCUUAGACAUUAUUAUAACAAAAAUGAGGACAUCUGAGGAAGACAUCAUCCCUCUGGAAUCUUGCCAGUGUGAGGAAACCCUAGAGAUUGUCAUUUUGCCUCUGGCCUACCAUUUUCUGGCUUUGGAAGAAAACAACAAAGCCUUAUAUUACUUCUUAGAAAUUGCAUCUGCUUAUCUCAUCUUGGGUGAUAACUAUAUGGCAUACAUAUAUUUGAAUGAGGGAGAGAGGCUGCUGAAAAUUCUCAAGAAGGAAAAAUCUUGGAAUCAGACGUUUGAGUCUGCCACCUUUUAUAGCCUCAAAGGUGAGGUCUGCUUCAAUAUGGGCCAGAUGGUGCUGGCCAAGAAAAUGCUGCGGAAGGCACUGAAGCUCCUCAACCGAGUCUUUCCUUACAGCUUAGUCUCCGUGUUUCUCCACACCCAUGUUGAGAAAAACAGACACUUUCACUAUUUGAAUCAGCAGGCCCAGGAGAGCGCCCCUCCACCCUUCAAAUUUCAGCUAGCAUUACCUGACAUGGGACAGGAAGAAGAGGCUCGGCAGAAACCCCCCGCCUUUUUUACCGGCAACACCCUGCUUCUGGCCUUCCCUGCGUGUGUCCGCGAUAAUUCUAACUUAAACUACUUUUUUCACUACAAGUAUUACGCCCUGGCACUUUGGACUGCAAUCGUGAAUUACCCGCAUUGGAACUCAAACUGCAGCCGCCACAUCUUCCAGGAACACAAGCCCGAAGCCACAUGGGCCCUCUUUUGCUCCUCAAACAGAAAUUUCAAUCCCACUUUGCACUGCAUGUCCUCUGCCUUUGAAGCGUCCAUCUACCUGACCCUGUACUGGCUGCUCCUUACCAGACACGAAGUAAUGUCCCUGGGCUCUCUGCUUUGGGUUCCACCUCAGUCUUGCCCCCUUCUCUCCUCUACUCUGCCUCUUCAGAUCAUUAAGGCUUACCUGGACUAUUCGCUGUACCACCACCUGGACGGCUACCCGGAUGUGUGGUUCAAAUAUGAAAUCCUGGCCAUGGAGCAGGUCUUCAACCUCCCCAUGAAAGGCGAGGGCAUUGAAAUCGUGGCAUACAUGGCCGAUACCCUGAGCUACAUCAAGCUCCUAAUGGGACACCUGGACCUGUCCAUUGAGUUAGCCUCCCGAGCCUGUAAGAUGUGGGUACGGCUCCGGAAUUACAACAAGUACUAUAUGGUCCUCUGCAGACUUAGUAAAUCUUUCUUCUUGAAAUGCAGGUACGAGCAGUUCGGUUACAUGCUUGUUGCAAUCCACGGGACCCUUUGGAUUUAUGAAGUAAUCAGAGACUACGCUCCCUGCAGUGGACAAUUCUACUGGGAAUGGAUAGCCUGAAAGAUGAUCACCCACUCAUGAGCAAAUUUCACCCAUUUCUCUCUUUUAGGCUUUGUUUAUAGACAAUUUGAAGAAUGUUUGGAUUUCAUAUCCCAAAAUGAAGACAACAGAAUCCUCAAGUUCCAAAGUGGACUCCUCCUGGCACUUUAUUCAUCUGUAGCUAUCUGGUAUGCUAGACUUCAGGAUUGGGACAAGUUUCACGUAUUUUUCAGUAGAGCUAAACAUCUGGUGCCAAGAAGAACUCCAACAAUUCUUUACUGCCAAGGAAUCUGCAGGUACAUGGAGGGGAAAGUUCUCUACCUUCAAAAACAAAUGGAAGAACAGAUUGAGAAUGCCCAGGAGAACGGCGUUGACAUGCUCAAGAACUUGGAGAGUCUGGUGGCCCAAAAUACCACUGGCCCUAUUUUUUACCCGAGGAUCUACCACCUGAUGGCCUAUGUCUGUAUACUGAUGGGAGACGGGCAUAACUGUGACUUCUUCCUGAACCAAGCCCUGCGGCUCUCUGAGACACAGGGGAAUGUGCUGGAGCAAAGCUGGCUGAGCAUGAGCAAAGAAUGGUGGUACUCAAGCGCUGAGUUCGUAGAGGCCCACUGGCCUCAAACAGUCCGCAGUCUCCCAUCGUGGGACAGAAUUCUAUCAGGCAAGGUAAACAUGCAGGAGGUUCAAAGAAACAAAUUCCUGAUGAGAGUUAAUAUCUUGGACAAUCCUUUCUAACAUUUCAUGAGAAGAACAAAGAUUUUAGCAAGAACCAAGCCUUUGCCGUUGUUGUUCUCCAUUAUUGACCUUUCUCUGUAGCCGGCCCUCCGGGCUCCUGCCGUUCUCUCUUCUGUUCCAGCCACAGAACCUGACAGGCUGGUUUCUCCUCUUUCUGGAGGGGUCAAGCAGGGUCAUGCUUUACUUUCCCCUAACUUUGCAAAAAGCGCCUUUCCCCCCUCAUGUUGUUUUAGCGUGACCUGUUUGUUUCGGCCCGUGCAAAAUUGUAUCGUAUGAGAAAACACGAAACGCGAGAUGGUGCAACGGCCUGUGUCGUGGCAGACGUGUUUCUAGUUAAUGUAUUAAACUGAAAGUGUUAUUUUUAAA